UUUGACAAACACCACUGUCAAACCAGAACCACCGAGCUGCGCCUCGCAUGUGAAAGUCCCUUUGCGCGAAAGAGAGACUUGUGAUGAUAUCAUAAGUGCUCCAUUCACGAGUUGGACAUAAUGACUUUUUACUGAAAAAGUAGGGAGUAUGGGCAAAUUACAGUCCAAACUUGCCCCGAGACGCAGACAGAGCCCUGAAGGUGAUAGUCUGACUUCCAGUGUGCUGACUUGUCAGGGGGAACUGGAGCACAUUCACAAAAGCAAACUGACAGAGAACUUGUAUGUAGAAUUGGCAGAAAACAAGUCCGAGCGUAACUGCAACCUCCAGUUGGUUUUGCCACCAAGGAAGACACGUGACAAGGACAAGAGCAGCCACUUCCAGGUGAUGAAGAAGAAGAAAAGCCAAGCUGGUGAUAUGUCCAGUCUAACACACUCUGUGCAUGAGGUUCUCGAGGCAUCGCUGACGCCGCCUUGCUUUGACAACACACCACUGAGGAUCAAGCUCGCUGUAACUCCCUUGGUUUGCCCAGACAAGAUUUCACAAACAGCCUCAGAGCAGGAGCAGAGAGCGUCUCAGGAGGCCGGAAGCCCAGUGAGGAAACUCUACUGUGUAGAUGAAAACAUAGAGCGCAGGAACCACUACCUGGAUCUGGCAGGCAUUGAAAACUACACCUCUAAAUUUGACAAUUCAGAGUCACCCUGUCAGGAACCAAGGCAGCAAACUCACUCAGCUGUGCAGCACCACACAGUGGUGGGAAGGGAGCACGGCAUAUCCUCCAAGUCUCCCGGAAACCUCUCUAUCCUUCAGUCCCAGAAACAUAGGCCCACGUCGGCGGGAAAAGACAGGAGCAGAGGAGAGGGAAAGCACUGCAGGUUGCAUGGCCUACAUCCUGCUUCAUGGUGCCAUCCUACCCGGCCUCGCCCUCCAGCACACUGCGUCCCACAGCCUAUCCACAGCAAGAGGCUACGCUCCAGGGUACAAGAUGCUCCCAUGCCGCUUAGACAUCCGGGCUCCCAGCUUCACCCAGGGGAAGACAGGGAGAUGCUAAGUAAACGUCACCUCUCCUGCAGGGCCCCUCUGGCCCAGAGACACCAGCACCAUCACCAGCAUGAGCACCAUCAUCAUCAUCACCAUCACCACUACCACCCUUCAUAAAUGCAUUUCAAACUCCUACUGUAUGAAACUGGAUUCAAGAUGGAUUCAGCUCGUGUGUGUCGUGUCUCCCAAAGACGUCCUGUGAAUAUGUGAACCGGUGUCCCAGCGGCGUUCAAGCGCUCUUCCCACUUGUCUCUCUUUGCAAAAGUUGCAAAUAGACACCGUGCCCCAACGAAGGACGUGAG